AUAAAGUGAGAGUGAGUGAGUGGAAGUUGUUGUUUUAAAAGCAAAUAAGGAUAUAUUAAGAUAAGAAUCCACAAGUUGCCAAGACACGUUUUUAAGACUAUGUCUUGGUUGCAGUAUCCCGAGAAACUUUUUUCAUCAACUGAAAAAAUUAAAAAGGGAAUAAGUCUACCUACAGAUAACAAUUCCAUUGUGAAAAAAGACAAUGCUACAGAAACUAAAAGUAAUGAUCCUAACUGUAGUAAAUUGAUUAUUCACGGAGAAACUUCUAAACAACAACAGUCCAAUGCCUCUGGAAAUAUACAAAUGUCCGAAACGUUGGCAAAUGUAUCAACAAGCGAGGAUAAAAACAAUACUGGAACAGAUCACGAUACUACUUUGCAAAAAAUAAAACCUGACAAGGCAAAAAACGGUUGACACAAACAACAGUGGAACCAUAAUUAAUGGUAGCGUUCUUUCCGUAAAAGAUACCACAAAUCAGUUAGAAUCAAAAGAACAUACUUCAUCUGAUAUUAAACCCAAAAAUGCUAAGAAACAAAAAAAGCGUAAAACCAACAGUCAACCAAUGAGUAAUAGCUCUUGCAUAAAGGAUCCAACAAAUUCGUUGGAAUCAAAAGAAAACACUUCAUCUGGUGGUAAGACUAAGGAGCUAAAUUUGCCUACGGAUAACAGUACUACAUCGAAAAAGAAAAACCCGACAAGAAAGAAAACGGGGAGAAAAACAACAGUGGAACCAUAGUUAUUGGUAGCGUUCUUUCCGUAAAAGAUUCAACGAAUCAGUUGGAAUCAAAAGAAAAUACUUCAUCUGAUACUAAACCUAAAGAUGUAAAUUUGCAUACAGAUAAAAACACGAUUCUAAAAGAAGGAAAAGCUAAUAAGAAAGAUAAAAAAGGUAAAAACAACACUCAAACAAUAAAUAAUACCGUUUCUUGCAUAAAAGAUCCAACAAAUCCGUUGGAAUCAAAAGCAAACACUUCAUCUGAUAGUAAAUCUAAGGAGGUAAAGUUAUCCACGAAAAACAAUGCAAAAACAGAAAAGAAAGAAAACGAGGAGGAAAACAACAUUCAACCGAUUAACGAAGAUGCAUCUUGCAGUAAUAUUAAAACGAAAUCGAAGAAAAAGAAGAAAAAGAAGAACAACAGUUCUCAUGAAGCGGCUAAAAAUAACUUUUUGCAUUUGGAUAUUGUAAAACAAGUAAUUACGAACGCAAAAUCCAACAAGGAAUUCAAAAGUCUGUUGCACAUUGUUUUAAAUAUAAUGUCCAACGAAAAUAUGGAAAAUCGCAAAACCAAGACUGAUUUGUUUGAGUUCUUUCUCGAUAAUUAUCAAUAUGCUAAUCCAAAUUAUUUGAAGAAAGUUAAAACAACUCUGACAUAUUGUGAGUCACAAGAACUAAUAUCUUCAUAUUUCGUAGAUGAAAACGAUGUUGAAGUAUAUACGGACAGAGAUCGAAAGUUACGAGUACCAAUAGCUUUAUAUUUCUUGAAUGAAAUAGAUAGUGACACUGAUUUUUUUGUUUACUAUAAUGAUGGAAAAUCAAAGAAAUUAAAAGGAGUAAUUUCUAAAAAUAAUGUUAAACGAGAAGCAGUUAUUAAGUUUAAUUGGAAUUACGAUAAAUAUACAGAAAAAGAAGGUGUCCUGCUGGCUCAACUUAAGCAUCCCAACAUAAUAGAGUUAUUGGGUUAUGAACCAAACAGGAAACUAAUUAUAUUAGAAUGUAUGAACUUGUUUGAUUUAGAAAAAGGCCUAGAGAAUAAGAAAGUUGAUUUAAGUCUAGAAAACGUAAAAAAGAUAUUUUUAAACCUAUCAACAGGUAUGGAGUACGUACAUUCUCAAAAAGUUUUACAUAGAAAUUUAGAACUGACGCAUUUUCUUUACAACGAUAACAAUGAAUAUAAAAUAGGAGGGUUUAGUGAAGCUGUUUAUGUGGGCGAUUCCAAUGGAGAAUACCAGUCGUCGUCGCCGGUGCCGGUUUCGAUUUUUAAUGCUCCGGAAUGGGGUACAGGGCGUAAAAUGGAAACAUUCACAUACAAAACUGAUGUUUGGGCUAUGGGAUGUUGCUUUGAAACUAUAUUGUACAAAGGGAGGAAGACAUGUGGAGACGACAUCACGGAUCGACUACAGCAAUUUGUAACUGACUUUAUGCUUCAUGCCCAUCCAGAAUCCAGAAAGCAUUUUACUAAAAUAAAAACAUUUAUUCAAAAUAUGGAAGUUUAAUCCAUUUUUUUAUUAUAUCGCACAUACUAAUGCUACUUACUACAAUAAAACUUUUACAGUAU